AUGCCUCGAAAAAAGAAGGGCGGCCAAAGCCCAGCUAGAGUUCCAAGUGGACUACAGCUAGAGGGGGGGGACCACACGGGUUCCCGACCGCCAAUGGCAAACAGCUUUCUUCCCGGGUCUGCAGCUCAGGAAAACAUCUUGAAAAUGCUACGGAUGCUCUUUUGGAGUUAUCUGUUGCAGCUGCUGAUCCACAACCUGUUUCCCUAUCUGCGUCUGGUUUUGAGAGGACCGCUGCAGCAUUACUUGAGGAACCUUCAUCACAAACAGAUCAGUCAACACAUUUAG